CAAACUUGUGGAUUUGUGAAUGAGACGUCAUUGCUACUUUUUGUGAAAUUGUGGUCUCUUGCAUUUUAUCGCUUUUCCGUGGAACAUCGUGAGCAAUUUUAAUUGAAUUUGCAGUGAAAGUGUUAAGUAAGGGUUCUGUGACUAGAAGAAAAAGAAAUUUUGAAGAAAGUCAAGUCAGUUCGGUAAAAAUGGGUCCUCCGAAGAGAGGCAACAAGAGAGACUCCAAGAACUUUUCCGACAAAUUUGCCAAGAAAAAACGUGCCGAGGAUGAAGCAUACACUGCCCUCGUGGAGAAUGACGAUGACACGCAGGAGGCUGAUUUUAUCCCAGGGGCAGCCACGAAGAAUGCCGAGAAGAAUGAUGAUGCCAUCCAGGAAGAUGAAUAUGGGGCAAAAGAUUACCGUUCCCAGAUGGAAUUGAAGAUUGAUCACAAUUCUCGACCUCUAUGGGUGGCUCCCAAUGGGCACAUUUUUGUAGAAUCCUUCUCUCCGGUCUACAAAGUGGCACAUGACUUCCUAAUUGCAAUCUCUGAGCCUGUUUGUCGUCCGGAACACAUUCACGAGUACAAAUUGACAGCUUACAGUUUGUAUGCGGCUGUAUCCGUGGGACUGCAGACUCAUGAUAUCAUUGAGUACCUCAAUCGCCUGAGUAAGACCAGUGUCCCGAAGGGUAUUGUGGAAUUUAUUCAGCUGUGUACUCUGUCGUACGGAAAGGUGAAAUUGGUGCUGAAGCACAAUAAGUAUUUUGUGGAGAGUUCAUUUCCGGAUGUACUGCAGAAACUUCUGAAGGAUCCUACUAUUCAGCAGUGUCGUUUAAAGAGGCUGGAUACCGAGACAGAUGAUGGAUUUUUGACACAGGUUCAGGAAAAGAAAGGAAUAACGACAUUUGGAACGAAAUUGCCAGCAGUUGCUGAUGCUGCGCAGCAAGGAACUGAUCCCAAGACUCAGACUGGGACCAACAAUGGUGAGAAUGCUGUUCCGGAAGACAUCACGAAUUACUACGAGAAGAUAGACAAUGAGGAUGAGGAGGAGGAUGUAAAUCUGACAACUGUGAGUUUUGAGGUGAAUCAGGAGAAGAUUGAAGUGCUCCAGAAGCGCUGUAUUGAGAUUGAGCAUCCAUUGCUGGCAGAGUAUGAUUUCCGGAAUGAUACAGUCAAUGCAGAUAUCAAUUUGGAUUUGAAACCAGGAGCCGUGUUGAGGCCGUAUCAGGAGAAAAGUUUAAGGAAGAUGUUUGGGAAUGGAAGGGCCAGAUCAGGAGUCAUUGUUCUGCCCUGUGGAGCAGGAAAGAGUCUUGUGGGAGUGACAGCAGUGUGUACAGUGAGGAAGAGAGCCCUUGUGCUGUGCAACAGUGGAGUGAGUGUUGAACAGUGGAAGCAGCAGUUUAAAAUGUGGUCAACAGCUGACGAUAGCAUGAUCUGUCGUUUUACGUCAGAUGCAAAGGAUAAGCCUAUGGGCUGUGGCAUCCUCAUCACGACGUACAGCAUGAUCACGCAUACACAAAAACGCAGCUGGGAAGCUGAACAGACCAUGAGAUGGCUGCAAGAUCAAGAAUGGGGCAUCAUGGUACUGGAUGAAGUGCACACAAUUCCAGCCAAAAUGUUCCGCAGAGUUCUCACCAUUGUGCAGAGUCACAGCAAACUCGGUCUAACAGCCACACUUCUCCGUGAAGAUGACAAAAUUGCCGAUCUCAACUUCCUGAUUGGACCCAAACUGUACGAAGCCAAUUGGCUGGAACUCCAAAAGGAGGGCUUUAUUGCCAAAGUCCAAUGCGCAGAAGUCUGGUGCCCCAUGACAUCAGAAUUCUACAGGGAAUACCUCCUGUGCCAGACGUCCAAAAAAAUGCUGCUGUACGUGAUGAAUCCCAAUAAAUUCCGAGCUACGCAAUUUCUCAUUCGCUACCACGAACGCCGCGGCGACAAAACCAUCGUGUUCAGUGAUAAUGUCUUUGCCCUCAAGCACUAUGCCAUCAAGAUGAAUAAACCCUACAUCUAUGGACCAACUUCUCAGAAUGAACGUAUCCAGAUUCUACAGAAUUUCAAGUUCAACAGCAAAGUCAAUACGAUUUUCGUGAGCAAAGUCGCGGAUACCAGUUUCGAUUUGCCAGAAGCCAAUGUCCUCAUCCAAAUAUCCUCGCACGGAGGCUCAAGGCGACAGGAGGCUCAGCGUCUGGGACGUAUUCUGCGAGCCAAAAAAGGCGCCUUUGCCGAAGACUACAAUGCCUUUUUCUACACGCUCGUCUCCCAGGACACCCUCGAGAUGAGCUACUCACGCAAGAGGCAGCGAUUCCUCGUAGACCAGGGCUACAGCUACAAGGUCAUCACGCAUCUGGAGGGCAUGGAAGGGGACAAUGAGCUAUUCUACAAGACUCGAGAGGAACAAGGCAAUCUUCUGCAGCAAGUUCUAGCAGCUUCGGAUAUCGACUGUGAGGAUGAGAGGGUGCCUGGAGAGGGAGGCCCCAGUGGCUCACGAAUGGGCAUGACCAAGAGAGUUGGUGGCCUUAGUUCCAUGUCUGGUGGAGAUGAUGCUGUCUACUAUGAAUUCAAGAAGAAGAAUGCCCAUCAGCAUCCGCUUUUCAAGAAAUUCCGCGGCUAAUUUUUCAGUAAUAAAAAGUUUAUUUGAAAAA